GCAACAUCAAGAUCAAGACGCGGCUGGGAUGCUAAAGGUAGAUCUUGAAGGAGCUUUUUCUGCUAUAGGUCUGCUAGAUUUCGAGGACAACAUCAGCGUGGUGGGGACAUUAUGGAUGGAAUUGUGAAAUUCAGGAUCACCAAGAUCUCCGAUGGUUGUCUUUUCAUAAUCAUUUGAUGCAGGGACAGGGCACCAACAACCAUGGAGCAGUAAAAGUCUAUUCAUUGGAGGUGCUAGUUUGUAAUAAAUUGCGCCCUAUACCUAUAGACGAUUUUCCUCCAAAUCUAACGCCCGAAGAGCUUUCCUCGAGUCUUCGUCCGGUGCAGAAAAGUCUACGAACGCGCAC